ACCUUGAUGAAUGCGUCGCCGCCGACGGAACUCUUAGUGCCUCUCGAUUCGAAGAGGCACUGCAGCUCGAGGAGGAAGCGCGACGCGACCUCCCGCACAGCACCUUUCAUUGCAAAUAUAUAUUAAAUACAUAUUUACAUUGCGUUUCAUUUCAUAUCAAAUAUAAUGUAUUAAAUAUGUAAUUAAUGCAAUGGAUAUGAAAUAUCCAAAUCAAAAUACGUAUGUAACACAUAGCAGACAUAUUGCGAAUAUUAUAUAAAUGUAUAAAUGUGCAAAUGUAUCAAACACAUAGUUAAUACAUAUUUAAUAAUAUAUAAUAAGAUGGAGUACCGCACUAGCGCCAGUAUAACUUAAAGAAAUCAUAAAUAGACAGUUUUCUGUAUUUGCGGUUAUUAUCUGAAGGACAUGAAACGUCAUACUAACAUCUUUACAACAAAUGUCUUAUUCCUUUACAACGUUUCAGAGGAACGAUUCAUUUGCGUUUUUGUAACAUAAUAGGAAUGGUCACAUUCAGUAAAGAAAAGAAAUCUUAGUGAGCUCUCAAUAAUUCUUUAGUUAGAAAAGUUUACAAAAAGCUAAUGAAAAAUAAUUUAAAGUAAUAAAUAUUAUAGUGAGUCAAAGGUUAUAUAACAAUAAAUAAGUUUUAUAUAAUAAUAAACAUGGAUAAAAAAGAUAACCGUCAAUAUAUUUCUUCGAGGCAUAAGAGACGAUUAGCACAAGAAGAAACAGAAAAAUAUUUGUUGAUAGCAUCAACAUCAAGCAGUAGUGCAUCUUAUUUUGAACCAUUGGCCAAAUCUGUAAAAAAAUGCCGAAUUGAAAAUGAUCCAUCAAUUUCAUCUUCUUCUAGUGACCAGGAGCACAUUAAUCAAUAUUCACCAAACAGUGACAACAAUGAUAAAGAAUUAUUGUCAGAUGGAAUACAUAACUCAUCAGAAGUGGUCACAGACGAUGAAAAUUUUGUUGAUUCCGAAGAACAAGAAGAAAUGCAACCGUUAUUGUUUGACUCUGAUGAUUCGAGUGACGAUGCAAACAUGGAUAUUGAAUAUAUUGACGAUGAAGAUGAAAGUAUGGAUAACGAAUUGUUACGCGAUCUUCGAAAUUGGUGUUUUGAAUUUAAAAUCAAGCAUAAUGCAAUUAAUGCUCUUAUGGAAAUUCUGAGACAUGCUCCACAUUCACAAUUCAAAACUUUGCCGAAAGACGCAAGAACGCUUCUAAAAACACCUAAGAAAACUGCUGAAAUAGUUGCAUUAUCUGGAGGAUCGUAUUACCACUUUGGUUUAUCGAGCACUUUGGAAGUACUUCUGUUGCAUUACAAAAGUAUGUCUUUGAAGGUAUCUGAAAUUAAUUUAUUAAUUAACAUAGACGGUCUGCCAUUAUCCAGAUCAUCGCCAAGCAGUUUCUGGCCAAUAUUACUUUCAGACGAUAUUUCAAAUCAAGUGCAUAUAGUCGGACUGUUUUAUGGUCAAAAGAAACCAAAUAAUUCCAAUGAAUUUUUACAACAAUUUGUGACAGAAUUAAUACCAUUAGUACAGAACGGAUAUCAUUCAGAUCUCUUUAACUGUGAUAUUAAAAUUAAUGUUAAGGCCAUUAUUUGUGAUGCUCCAGCAAAAUCUUUUAUUUUAAAUAUUAAAGGACAUAAUGGCUACUCAAGUUGUACUAAAUGUACUAUUUACGGAGAUUAUGUUAACUCCAAAAUGUGCUUUCCUUAUAAAGAAAGAUCAACUGAUGCACUUAGAACUAAUGAAGAUUUUGUACGUCAAACAGACUCUGAUUAUCAUCAAGGAGAACCCACAAUUUUACUCUCUGUGCCUAAUUUAGGAUUAGUGUCAAAUAUUGCUCUUGAUUAUAUGCACUUAAUUUGUUUGGGUGUUGUAAAAAAAAUGAUAUUGUUGUGGAUGAGUGGACCACUAACUGUUCGCAUCACAAGCAAAAGACAAUAUUUCACAAAGACUAAUUAAUUUGAAAAGUACAGUGCCUAAAGAAUUUUCAAGGCGACCUCGAAGUUUAAGUGAAGUAGCAUACUGGAAAGCCACAGAAUUUCGGCAAUUUUUACUUUACACUGGACCUAUUGUUUUAAAAACUGUUUUAAAUACAGACGUAUAUACACACUUUUUGACUUUGCAUGUAGCUGUAUCAAUACUCAUCAGUCCAACGCUAAUAGUAAAUAAAAACAAUAUAGAUUAUGCAGAAAAACUGUUGCAACAUUUUGUUCAAUCAUUUGAGAAAAUUUAUGGUAAAGAAUAUAUAUCUCAUAAUGUACAUAAUUUAUUACACAUCUCAAAUGAAGUUCGAAAAUUUGGGCCACUUGAUUCUUUUAGUUCAUUUAGAUUCGAAAAUUUUUUACAAAUUUUAAAAAAUUUUCUGCG